AAAUGUCAGUGGGUUUCGUCGGGUCUUUAUAUUUCGUUGUUACAUCAUUUAAAAAACAAAAUCCAAAAUCCACCAAAAAAAUAUAAUAGUUUUGUUUAAUUUGUGAUUUUAAAACAUCAAAAACUUUGUAGAUAAUUGAGUGCUGUUGCCCAUUUCAACAUUCGUUUGGAAGCAGCAACAGCAGUGAGUAUCAAAAGACAAUAAGCCAAAGAAAAAAAUGACCGAAGAAUCUAGUAAUCAGUUUUGAUAGGAAUAUAAAAUUUUAUUUACCAUUGGGCAUACUGUGUGUAUACAUCCCGCUCGCCCACAGCACCAUCAUAUAGUAGCUACACCCCUAUAACCCCAACAGCUACUACGUUUAAGUAAAUAAACAAAACAAACUGCAAUUGGACUUUGAGAAUCGAAAAAGAACUUAGAAAACAUUUUUACUCCAUUUAAUUUUUUUUUAUUUUCGUUUUUUUGCCACUUUACUAUAUUUUCCAAAACGCCUACGUGUUUUUUUUUAACUUUUUUUCUUACAAGUCCUUAAAAUGUUUUAAGUUUCGUUUGUGUUUACAAGACUAGAGAGAGAGAGAGUGUGUAUGUGUGUGUAAAAAUUUAUCUAGACAAGAUAACUACUAGUUUUUCAUAUUAAAAACAACCAAACGUUUAUUUUCGUAAAUAAUGGCGGCCUAUUUGAAUCGUACAAUUUCCAUGGUCACUGGUAAUGGCGGUGACGCCGGCAACAACACCACUUCCAACACAACCCACAACAAAUCACUAAACUACGAUCCGACGGCAUUGAUGGCUGAAAAUCGAACAAUGCAUAUCAAUGCCGAUAAAUCCCCAUUGCAGGUCUUUGUACGAGCCAAAAAGAAGAUCAAUGAUAUCUAUGUGGAAAUUGAAGAAUAUGUGGCCGAGACAACAACAUUUAUCAAGGCUUUACACGCCGAUGCUGAAAUUGUGGAUAAAGCCGAGCGCGAACUCUUUGAGAGCUAUGUACUCAAGGUGGCAGGAAUACGAGAAGUUUUGGCCCGUGAUCACAUGAAGGUGGCAUUUUUCGGUCGUACAUCGAAUGGCAAAAGUUCCGUAAUCAAUGCCAUGUUAAGGGAGAAAAUUUUGCCCAGUGGCAUUGGUCAUACCACCAACUGUUUUUGUCAAGUGGAAGGCAGCGAUAGUUCAGAGGCCUAUUUAGUCAAAGAGGGUUCAGAUGAGAAGCUCAAUGUGGUGAACAUCAAACAAUUGGCAAAUGCUUUGUGCCAGGAAAAGCUUAGUGAAAGUUCCUUGGUGCGUAUCUUUUGGCCACGGGAACGUUGUAUGCUGCUGCGUGAUGAUGUGGUCUUUGUCGAUUCACCCGGUGUGGAUGUUUCUGCCAAUUUGGAUGAUUGGAUAGAUAAUCAUUGCUUAAAUGCUGAUGUCUUUGUCUUGGUAUUGAAUGCCGAAUCCACAAUGACCCGCGCCGAAAAGCAAUUUUUCCACACUGUUUCACAGAAAUUAUCGAAGCCCAACAUAUUCAUACUCAACAAUCGUUGGGAUGCUUCGGCCAAUGAACCCGAAAGUCAGGAAUCGGUCAAAUCCCAACACACAGAACGUUGCAUAGAUUUCCUAACAAAAGAAUUGAAGGUCAGCAGCGAAAAAGAGGCAGCCGAAAGGGUCUUCUUUGUAUCAGCUCGUGAAGCUUUGCAAGCUCGCAUUGAAGAAGCCAAAGGCAAUUCACCUAGCCAAGGAGCCAUUGCCGAAGGCUUCCACAAUCGCUAUUUCGAGUUUCAAGAUUUUGAACGCAAAUUCGAAGAGUGCAUUUCAAAAAGUGCCGUUCAAACAAAAUUCGAAAAACACAGUUCACGCGGCAAAUCCCUAUCAACGGAUAUGCGUUCCAUGUUGGAUAACAUAUUCGAACGCAUCACAAUAUUCCGCAAUUUGAAAUUGGAUCAGAAAACUCUACUCAGUGAACGCAUACAAGGCACUGAAACAGAAAUGAUGAAUGUUACACGUGAAAUGAAGUUGAAAAUUCACAAUAUGGUUGAGGAAGUCGAACAGAAGGUAUCGAAAGCCUUAAAUGAAGAAAUCUGGCGUUUAGGUGUUUUAAUUGAUGAAUUCAAUAUGCCCUUCCAUCCUGAACCCUUGGUCUUGAAUAUCUACAAGAAAGAGCUGAAUGGACAUGUCGAAUCUGGCUUAGGUUCGAAUCUAAGAGCUCGUCUCUCAAUGGCAUUGGCCAUGAAUGUCGAAGCGGCACAAAGAGAAAUGACAGAACGCAUGCAUGCCCUGGUGCCAAAUGAGAGUGUGAUGCCACAAACCAAGGUGGUGGUGCGUGCACAGCCAUUCGAAAUGCUUUAUUCGUUGAAUUGUCAAAAUCUCUGUGCAGAUUUCCAAGAAGAUUUAGAGUUCAAGUUCUCUUGGGGCAUUACUUCAAUGAUACAGCGAUUCACGGGCAAGGUGAGAGAGCGUAACAGGAAGAUGCAGCCAGCUAUACUGAAUCGUCAAGGCAGUGUUGCGAAUCCCAUAUCUCCUAUAACACCUGAAACACCAUUGUGUCUUAUACCCACACCAGUUGGAGGCAUUACUCAAGACCAAUUAUCGCUGAUAUCACGUUUUGCAAUCAGCUCUAUAGGAUCACAAGGCACAGUGGGUGGACUUAUAGUGGCUGGCAUUAUGCUAAAAACUAUUGGCUGGAGAGUCUUGGUGGGCGUUGGUGUUCUUUAUGGAUGUGUCUAUUUGUAUGAACGUCUGUCUUGGACCAAUUCUGCCAAAGAACGUGCCUUCAAAGCACAGUAUGUGCGUCAUGCCACUAAGAAAUUGAAAAUGAUUGUGGACUUAACCUCGGCCAACUGCAGUCAUCAAGUGCAACAGGAAUUGUCCAGCACCUUUGCUCGUUUGUGCCGCACCGUGGACACUGCCACCACUGACAUGAAUGAGGAGCUAAAAACUCUUGAAGCUCAACUUGCUGUCCUCGAAACUAAUCAAAAACACUUGAAGUUGUUGCGCAACAAAGCCAAUUACAUUCAAAAUGAAUUGGAAAUAUUUGAGAAUAAUUAUCUUGCACCCAACUAGCAACCGCUGUAGACGCCUAUCCCUAAACUGUAGGCCAGCCCUAAUUUGAUCUUAAGCUAUUAAUGUUUCAUUCAUUCAUUGGUGGUGAUGAACGUUGUACACAUUUCUUUAGGAUUUUGUAAAUUUAUAUAAGAGUAAGGCAUUAUGAUUGAAAUGAGUGCACCAAGACGAUGACUAUGAUGACAAGAAAGUAACGAAAUUCAUACUGAGAAUGGCAAAGAGCACUUAAUCAGUUGCACCUUUCGUUUCUAAAUCUAUCUAUUAUCUCAGAAUUGCAUGAAUUUCCUCCCCUUUAGGAUAACGACAAAACAAAACAAAAUUGCAACUAACAGAUUUCAAUUAAAAACAUCAUUUUGUUA